UGGCCGACAACCUGGGGCUCCACGACCUGGCUCACCCGAUGGACGAGGUGCAGAAUGUCGACGAUCAGCACCUGCUUCUGCACGAUCAGACUGUAAUUCGCAAAGGUCCUGUCACGAUGACCAAGAACCCCCUGAACCUCCCCUGCCAGAAAGACCUGGUGGGAGCCGUGAUGAACCCGAGUGAGGUGUUCUGCUCCGUCCCCGGGAGACUGUCUCUGCUCAGCUCCACGUCGAAAUACAAAGUGACAGUGGCUGAAGUCCAGAGGCGACUGUCACCGCCUGAGUGCCUGAACGCCUCCCUCCUGGGCGGGGUGCUCCGAAGAGCUAAAUCCAAAAAUGGAGGCCGGUCGUUGCGGGAGAAACUGGACAAGAUAGGGUUGAAUCUGCCAGCCGGCAGACGCAAGGCUGCGCAUGUGACGCUCCUGACGUCCCUCGUGGAAGGCGAAGCGGUCCACUUGGCCCGAGACUUCGCGUAUGUCUGUGAAGCUGAGUUUCCUAGCAAACCGGUGGCCGAGUAUUUAACCAGACUUCAUCUUGGAGGACGGAAUGAGAUGGCAAACAGGAAGAAUAUGCUUCUGGCUGCACAGCAAGUAUGCAAGGAGUUCACGGACCUCCUCAAUCAAGACCGGACCCCCAACGGGAACAACAGGCCCACCCCGGUGUUGGAGGCCAACAUCCAGGGCUGCCUGUCUCACUUCAGCCUGAUCACCCACGGCUUCGGCAGCCAGGCCAUCUGUGCCGCCGUGUCCGCCGUGCAGAACUACAUCAAGGAGGCCCUGAUCAUGAUAGACAAGUCCUACAUGAACCCCGGAGACCAGAGCCCCGCGGACUCCAACAAGACUCUGGAGAAAAUGGAGAAGCACCGCAAGUGACGGUGGGGAGGCGGGAA